AUGUGUGCAAGGUCGGCAGUGCUUCAAGAAGGCGCCCAUCUACCGUAUACCUUUGCUUAUGACAAAGCCGAUGGAGUAAUCAUCGUGCAGCGCGGCAGUAUCGCUCGCAUUAGUGCAGCGGACGUGGAUCGCUUGCGAAUGCGAGCGGUUGGUAGCGGAGGCGUUCGCAAGCACUGUAGGAGGGGCAGGCAGAGACAAAGAGGAAUUGAAGAGUUAACGGUGCUGCUUCGUUGCUGUCGCUAG